AUGGCAUCUGCGGGGUUUUGCUGGUCUUACACCUCUCAACAAGCGUGCACCGACGAUGACGUCUUUGCGGCCGUAACCCUAGCCGGUUGUCGCCUGAGUGAUCAGGCAUUCAUCCACCCCACCACCGGUCGCUCGUUCGCUGCACACGACGUGCUCUCGAUUCAUUCCUCUACAGCUCCCCGCGGAUUCAGGAUCCGACAACUGUUGCCAAAACCACCUGCAUAA